AUGGCCGCCGCGGGCGCGUCUUCCAUCUCCGUCACCGUACGAGUCCGCCCUUUUACUAUCCGGGAAGCAGCACAGGUCACGAGGAACGAUGACCAGACGCUGUUCCUCGGAGAUGGCUCGCUGGCGGGACUGCCAGCGCCAAAGCUCCAUAAGGGGAUCCGACCUGUCAUCAAGGUCAUGGACGAGAAGUGCUUAAUCUUCGAUCCCCCAGAAGACAACGCAGUUCAGCGGUUCGGACGAUCGACUGUAGGUCCGCAGGGCAAGCGGUCAAAGGACCAGACAUUCGCUUUUGACCGCGUCUUCGACGACACGGUCUCCCAAGGCGACGUAUACGAAGCUACCACGAAGCCCCUGCUAGACAGCGUACUGGAUGGAUACAAUGCGACUGUCUUUGCGUAUGGUGCUACAGGUUGCGGAAAGACGCAUACCAUCACUGGAACAUCACAGCAGCCCGGCAUCAUCUUCCUGACCAUGCAAGAGCUGUUUGAGAAGAUUCAGGACAUACAGGAUGAAAAGGCCACCGAGAUCACGCUCUCUUACCUGGAGAUUUACAACGAGACGAUUCGCGACUUAUUGGUGGAAGGUGGCAGCAAGCACCCAUUGAUGCUACGUGAGGAUGCGAACCAGGCUGUGUCCGUCGCUGGUCUCUCGAGCCAUCGGCCGCAGAGCGUCCAAGAAGUCAUGGACAUCAUUGUCCGCGGCAACGAAUACCGAACCAUGUCUCCAACCGAAGCGAACGCUACCUCCUCCCGAUCGCACGCCGUACUUCAGAUCAACGUCUCCUCCAAGGACCGCAACGCUUCGGUCAACGAACCCCACACUAUGGCUACCCUCAGUAUCAUCGACUUGGCAGGUAGUGAGCGAGCGAGCGCUACCAAGAACCGAGGAGAGCGUCUCACCGAAGGUGCCAACAUCAACAAAUCGCUACUUGCUCUGGGCAGCUGCAUUAACGCCCUGUGUGAUCCCCGGAAACGAAACCACAUUCCAUACCGCAACUCGAAACUUACGCGAUUGCUCAAAUUCUCUCUUGGCGGAAACUGUAAAACUGUCAUGAUAGUCUGUGUUAGUCCGUCAAGUGCACACUUCGAUGAGACGCAGAACACCCUUCGAUACGCCAACCGUGCGAAGAACAUCCAGACCAAGGUCACCAAGAACGUAUACAAUGUCAACCGACACGUAAAGGACUACCUUGUCAAGAUUGAUGAACAGAGACAUUUGAUUGAAGAGUUGAUGAAGAAGCAAAAGGAUUUCGAAGGAAGUGCUAUGGUCAAAUUCCAGAAGCAAAGCGAGAAGAAGGAUGGCAUAGUACGUGACGCGGUCGUACGCUUACGCCAGGCUUAUGCGGAUUCUGAGCCUGAACGCCGUGAGCGACUGAACAUGUCGCGGACUCUGAAGACGGCAGAGAAGCGCAUCUCGCUCAUUUCGUCGUGGAUCGCAGCGUUUGAUAACGUCAAGGAUGUUCGAGAAAAUGAGGAGAUGCCUUCUCAAGUUACGGCAAUGAGGGACACCGCAGUCGGAAUAUCGGCAGAGCUUGAGCAGACGCGGCAACAUUGCCAUCGGCGAUUGGAGCGUACCGCCUGGACAAGUAAGAUGGAUACAGCGCUGAGUGUUGGACUGAAGGGUCUGGCAGAGGUGGAUGGAAAUGCUGAUGGCCAUGACGCCGCGAACUUAACAAGAGAGUACGAAUUGCUCAAAUCGAAUGCCGACCGCGAAUUACUCAACACAUUACUGGAUCAAGAACGAGGUGGCGAUGCUGCCAUCGUACAGGCGCUGAUCCAGGCGCACAUCGAGACGGUCACAAUCAUAAGCCAGAUCACCCAGAUGGACGAGGCCCAAGCGGUUGAGGCUGCGAGAAAGCUGCUUACGAAGAUUAUGAAUGCUUGCACGAACGCGACCUCACAGGCUAUCCGACCAGACGGGGGUCUGCCAAUCACUGAGUUCUUCGAACCAAGUAACAAAGGAACACCUAAAAGGAGGAAGCCAGUGAACAUUCAAGAACCAUCUCAGUCUUCUCCAAUGCGACCAAUAGCAAUGCCAAGGCUGUCGUUGCCAGCUAUGGCGGAUUCGUCGCAUCUCACCUCGUCGCCUAUGAAAUCAUCACCACGCCGAAAGUUGAUGGGAAGAGUGAGACAGUCAGGCGUCCAGUUUUCGCCAAUGAAGAAGAAAAAGUCACCCUCCAAGACUAAACGCGGAGUGCGCUGGAAGGAUGACACUGAGAACGGUACCCUAGCAGAGUUCUCAGCAACACCACAGCAGGUAGCAGGCACACCAACAAACCCUGCCCUUGCCAUGGGAAGGUCGCCCCCGGCCUACUCAACAACCUCCAUUCCUAUCGCCAGAUAUGAUGGGAGUGGAAGCCGCGAAUCUUCGCCUAUUCCAACGCCGCCUAAAGCUUCUGUCGACCUGAAAGGCUCGUCACGUUUCGCAGUCGGCGCGCUCUCCAAGCGUUCAGACGGGUCCCCUACAUCUCGAAGCAACGCCGCAUACACCUCCGAUUCUGACAACGCAUCGCCCCUCCGCGAGAUCGGCAGCAACCCGCGCUCAUCUCUAAGCACUGUAGAGAACGCCUCCUCAGUCCCAGCACCCGAGGGAAACAGCGGCGGUGAUUCUUCUUCCGAGGGGGAAAAAUGGACGGCUUCAGACGCACGUCAAAUCAGCCACGCCAUCAAGCGCCGUUCUUCGACCAACGGCGCUGGCUCUGUCCCUAUAAACCGCGCGCAUCGCCGCCGUAGUCCAACAGCAGCAACAACAGUUGGUAGUCCGCCCAACGAGAACUCACUUCUCUCCGCGGGUGCGGCGCGCAGAAUGGUCAAAUCCAAUCACGGUGAUGCUGACUGGAAGCACAGCGUUUUGUCCCCACGCGUUACACCCAUCAUGAAGGGCGCGGUUAGACGGACGACAGUCGCGAAUGUCGGUGACGACGUUCGGCCGAGGACUGCGGAACUCGCAGUACCGAGUCUGCAUUCGAGGGGAGCCGUUCGAAUUACGAGUGGGAGUUCGUCUGUCGGCAGAGGUAGCUUGAUGCCGAAUUCUAAGAGCGUUUGGCGAUAA